GUUUCUCUAGUCCAAGGGAACACAGUUGAAGAAGUCAUUGAGAGGCUGCUGUCUAUCAAAAAGCAUCCAAGCAAGCAGAAGCGAGCUGAAAGCCGCCUGUCUGGGAGUGCAGCUGGAGCUGCCCAGGCUGAGCCAGAGCCAUGUGCACGUGCAGCUCGCUGUCCAGUGGGGUCCUCAAACCCCACCAGGCCACCAGCAACAUCCUCAGGGCCACUGGACAACGACAAGAAGAUCUCAUGCUGCCAGUUCACAGCCUGCUGUGCUCUGCCAGAGAAAUCCAACCCUCCCUCCAACACUGCUCCCAACCCGGCACCUCCAGCCCCACCACCUCUACCCCCUGGCACAGCAGCCAUGACCCCCACAUCCCCCAUGACAAAUACACCUCCAGCCCCUCCACUCCCUGGCAUCCCUCCCCCUCCACCCCCACUGCCUGGCAUGGGGAGUAUUCCCCCUCCUCCUUCAUCAUUGCCUGGCAUGGGGGCUAUUCCUCCUCCUCCUCCUCCUCCUCCACCAUUGCCUGGCAUGGGGGGCAUUCCUCCACCUCCUCCACCAUUGCCUGGCAUGGGUGGUGUCCCUCCUCCUCCACCCCCACUGCCUGGUAUGGUUGGUAUUCCACCUGCUCCACCUCCAUUACCUGCCAUGGGUGGCAUCCCUCCCCCUCCACCUCCAUUACCUGGCAUGGGUGGUAUCCCACCUCCUCCACCUCCAUUGCCUGGCAUGGGUGGUAUCCCACCUCCUCCACCUCCAUUGCCUGGCAUGGGUGGUAUCCCUCCCCCUCCACCCCUCCUUCCUGGCAUGACAGGAGAUCACAUAGAAGCCGUGGUGGCCUCCCAGUUCAGCUGCCCCCUGGGCUUGGGCAGGCCUCCCCACAAGACAGUGAAGACACCAACGCUGAGAAUGAAGAAGCUGAACUGGCAGAAGCUGCCCUCCAAUGUGGUGAGAGAGAGCCACUCAAUGUGGGCUUCUGUGAGCAGCAGCAGUGAGGAGACGAUAGAGCCCAACUACAGCAGCAUUGAGCAGCUGUUCUGCUUCCCACAGCCAACCCCCAAGGAGAAGACAGCAGCACCAGUGAAGGCAGAGCCGAAGGAGAUCACAUUUUUGGACUCCAAGAAAAGUCUCAAUUUGAACAUAUUUUUGAAGCAAUUUAAAUGCUCCAAUGAAGAAGUGACUGCCAUGAUCCAGAAUGGGGACCGGACCAAGUUUGAUGUUGAGGUUCUGAAGCAGUUGCUGAAGCUGCUGCCUGAAAAGCAUGAGAUAGAAAACCUGAAGGCCUUCAAAGAAGAGAAAUUAAAGCUAGCAAAUGCAGAUCAGUUCUAUCUUCUCCUCCUUCAGAUUCCCAGCUACCAGCUGCGCAUUGAGUGUAUGCUGAUCUGUGAGGAGACCACCAUCGUGCUCGACAUGAUUCAGCCCAAAGCUGAAGCCAUCCGGAGAGCCUGUGAAGGUCUUCUGACCAGUCAUCGCCUGCCAGUCUUUUGUCAACUGAUUCUCAAAGUUGGAAACUUCCUGAACUACGGAAGUCACACAGGCGAUGCCGAUGGGUUUAAAAUCAGCACUUUACUCAAACUAACAGAAACCAAAGCCAACCAAACCCGCAUUACACUGCUCCACCAUAUUCUGGAGGAAGUAGAAAACAGCCACAAGGACCUACUGGAACUGCCAAAGGAUCUUGAAUAUGUUUCAAAAGCAGCAGGAAUUAAUCUUGAUAUUAUACGCACGGAGUCUGGUACCAAUUUAAAGAAGUUGCUGGAGCUUCAGCGGAAAGUCUUGUCAUCAAAUGAGGAUGUGAAACAACAGUAUGAGAAACCCAUCCAGGACAGCAUUGAUGCCUCCAGGAAGCUGGAAGAAGAAUUUGAAACCAUUGAAAAGAAGAGAGAAGAACUUGCAAAUUAUCUCUGUGAAGAUCCAAGCAAGUUGUCCCUAGAGGACAUAUUUAGCAUCAUGAAGACCUUCAGAGAUCUCUUCAUCCGAGCCCUGAAGGAAAACAAGGACAGAAAGGAGCAAGCUGCCAAAGCAGAGAAGAGGAAAAAACAGCUAGAAGAGGAAGAGGGGAAGAGACAGAAGGGAGAAAAUGGAAAAGUCAUCAAGAAGGGGUUGAUGAAGCAGGAGGAGGUGUGUGUCAUCGACGCCCUGCUCGCCGACAUCAGGAAAGGCUUCACGCUGAGGAAGACGAAGAACAGACACGAGUCAGAGGCAGUUCCUAAAGCCUUGUCUGCAGAGAGCCUGGAGGAAAGCCAGUCUGGACAGAGCAUGAAGGAUCCACAAGCAGCAGGGAAGCAGAUUGAUGACAAGACCAAGCAGAACAAGGAUGAUCAUCCCUCAGAAGGCCUUCCUCCCUCAACCACUGCCCCGAUGGAGACAGGUGGAGGUGUUACAAAUGCUUCAGCUUCAGGCCAGGUGUUAUCUACCAACAGUGCUGGAAGAAGUCUGCCACUGGAGUCCCAGACCAAAAGCUCCUCAGAGAGCAUGGUGGAAGCUGAUGGAGCCAGUCAGACCACACUGGGCCCCGGGAUGGAGCAGGCAAACAACGUGGAAAGCCUCCAGCCCGGCACAAAGAGCGGCUCCCUUGCCUUCUCUGUGGCUGACAUUGGCACAAGGAUAAGCUUUGUGAGCAGCAGUUCAGCCCCUGCUCUGAGAGACCAGCUCAGCUGGACUAACGGGUCCAUGUCAGGAGGCCAGGACAAGGAAUGCCCAGCUGAUGGCUCAGGGAGUGCUCAGCCUGCCCCCUGCAAUGAGGCUCAGCAGGCAGAGUCAAAAGAAAUGACGAAGGAAAAUGAAGACCCUGGCACAGACUCGCUGUUGGACACAUCUCAAGACAAGUCCUUCUCAGAGGAGCCAGCCACCGACUCCUCUUGCUCAGCAACGCUUCCCCCAGAGCAAACUCACAGUGACAGGGAAAAGCAGAGGCCAUCAGGAAAAAGGAAGAAGAAGAAGAGGCACAGCAAAAGCUACUCAGCAGAGGUUGAGACUGAUUCUGGAGAUAAUAAAACAAAAAAAGAUUGUGUGGCACAAUGAGGUGUCAUGGCAAGGCAGAAGGUAUGAGAGAACCUCUCAUGUGUCCCUGCAGUGCUGCCAGCUUCUGAGACUCCAGGUUCUGCAUCAAUGAAAUGCCACCAUGACAACUUCUGCCCCGUGAAGACCCACAGCCUCUCCUCAUGCAGCCUUUCACUCCCCUCCCCAGGACCUAAAGAGCCUCCCCAGAGACUUUGGACCCUCUAGCCUGUGCCUUGCCCUGGGCACCUGUGGGGGCAGGGGAUGGUUCUGUGCAUAGUGGUGGUGGUGAAAGGGUCAGACCUGUCAUCCACUGUCCUGGAAGCCAAGUCUUUCCACCUGCUCUUAGGCCAGACUCCUCUUGAAAUGACAGCUGGGUGUGGCCCAAGAACAGACUGCAGUGUUUAGCCCUUGAAGAAGUGUUAAAAACAGCAGUGCCUCAACUAAAUUAAGGGUAUAAAUUAAGCAGUGGCUGUACCAUCACAAGUGGAGGUGUGUUAAGUCCCUCUUCUCAUUGCCUACUGAUGACUUAGAUUGGACCAGGUCCAAGACCCAGAUUAGACAAAUGUAUUUUUACUCUCAAUCGCUUAAAGCAAGGGAAAUUGGUUACAGGGGAAAAAAGCAAGUAAAAGAAAAAGUAUGUAUUUUACUAAGCAUAUGGCCAUAUAAACAGUGUCUGGUUCCUACAUGAUGCUUAUGUGCAAUUAAGUUGAAGUGCAUCAGUAGUCUUAAGUAGUCUUGUCACACAUGCUGAUGCAUCCAUCAACCUUUGGAGAACCAGGGCCCUGGUUUCUCUUGCUAAAGCAAAAGGAAGAGGUUUUCCAGAGUGCUCUACUGGACAUAUUUUCAGUUUAUCCUGUAGUAAAUCUCUGGGUUUUACUUCCAUUGUCAGCUGCUUGUACUCGAGAGUCUGUGUCCAAGCUGCAGAACGUGUGGAAUCAUGUUACUUGGGCUUUAAAACUGGGACUGUGCAGUACUGUGUUUUCAAAAUUCAGAGCUUUAUUUCUCAAGUUUUGUAAUAACACUGUAUAAUAAUUUUGUACAUAGCUGUCAUUUAAAAUGAUCUAUGUUUGUUGAAUCUAUGGUGUGAUAUGUGCUGAAACAUAAAUCCAGUGGAAGAGCUGGGUACCUUUCAGAACUGUUCAUUUAUAUGGUAACUCACUGUAGCUAAACUAAUGUACAGGCUAAAGCUUAUUUUGCUCUGCUUAAUAGGACUUGUAAUGUCCUUGAAAUACUGAAAACUUCGAAGUGAAACCAAGAAUUAAAUUACUGGUUUGCUUUAA